AUGGGUGUCUCGAUUGAACCAGCGUCCUUCCCUGAGGAUACCGGGACAAUCCAUUCGUUGUUUUCAGGCUACGCUGCGUCCCUCGGAAUCGACUUGACCUUUCAAUCGUUCCAAGACGAGCUCGAAUCAAUCCCCGGAAAAUAUGCUGAGGCGCAGGGAGGCGCCUUGCUUAUCGCGAGAACGACCGAGCCCCGGAGGAGCGAUGCGCAAGGCUCUGUGUGGCUUCCUCCAUCUUCCGCAAUUGGUUGCGUCGCACUCCGCCGCAGUUCUGAUCAUUGGUGUGAAAUAAAGCGUCUGUACGUCGUGCCGGAAGCACGCGGUCUCAAUCUCGGGGACCGGCUCGUCGAGGCGAUCGUGGCACAAGCUAAAUCUCUGGGGUAUCGCGGCAUGCGCUUGGAUACUCUGCCCGAGAUGCUGGCUGCACAGCGACUCUAUCGCAAAUACGGUUUCAUCGAAACAGAGCCGUACUAUGAGACACCGCUGCACGAUACCAUCUUCAUGGCCUGCGAUUUGACGCCGCCAUAG